AUGGGUCUAGGGGAUAUGGUUUUCAGAUUCAAGCUAAAUCUCUGUUCAUUAAUUGAAGAAAAGGAGGACUCAAGCUUUAUAUACAAGGCCCUACAGGCAUUACAGAGACAGCCUAACGCAGCCCAGUACUUCCACCAGUUUAUGCUUCAGCAGCAGCUUAGCAAUGCCCAGCUGCACAGCCUGGCUGCCGUCCAGCAGGCUACAAUCGCAGCCAGUCGGCAGGCCAGCUCCCCAAGCACCAGCACACCUCAGCAGACCACUACUACUCAGGCCUCGAUCAAUCUGGCUACCACAUCUGCUGCUCAGCUCAUCAGCCGUUCCCAGAGUGUGAGCUCCCCAAGUGCUACCACCCUUACCCAGUCUGUACUCCUGGGGAAUACCACCUCUCCACCUCUCAACCAGUCCCAGGCCCAGAUGUAUCUUCGGCCGCAGCUGGGUAACCUGUUACAGGUGAAUCGGACCCUGGGCCGGAAUGUGCCUCUGACAUCCCAGCUCAUCCUCAUGCCUAAUGGGGCUGUGGCUGCUGUCCAGCAGGAAGUGCCAUCUGCUCAGUCUCCUGGAGUCCACACAGAUACAGAUCAGGUGCAGAACUUGGCAGUGAGGAGCCAACAAUCUUCAGCCCAGGGUCCUCAAAUGCAGGGCUCUGCUCAAAAGGCCAUUCCCCCUGGAGCCUCUCCCACCACAGGCCUUCCCCAGGCCACUGGCCAACCUUUAGCUGUGGCUCAAGCUUCCUCUGGUGGGGCAGGCCAGUCCCUCAACCUCAGUCAAGCUGGUGGGAGCAGUGGGAAUGGCAUCCCAGGAUCUAUGGGACAGGGGGGUGGCCAGGCGUCUGGGAGCCUGGGUCAGGUGCCCUCUUCAGGGUUGGGUGGAGGUGGGAGCUGCUCCAGGAAGGGUACUGGGGUGGUGCAGCCUUUGCCUGCAGCCCAGGCAGUGACAGUGAGCCAGGGCAGCCAGACAGAGGCAGAAAAUGCAGCAGCCAAGAAGGCAGAGGUAGAGAGCAGUGGACAGCAGAGUGUGGGCAUGAACCUGACCCGGACAGCUACACCUGCUCCCAGCCAGACCCUUAUCAGCUCAGCAACCUACACACAGAUCCAGCCCCACUCACUGAUCCAGCAACAGCAACAGAUCCAUCUACAGCAGAAGCAAGUAGUAAUUCAGCAGCAGAUUGCCAUCCACCACCAGCAGCAGUUCCAGCACCGGCAGUCCCAGUUGCUCCACACAGCUACCCAUCUCCAGUUAGCCCAGCAGCAGCAGCAGCAGCAGCAACAACAGCAGCAGCAGCAACAGCAAGCCCCAGCUCUCACUGCCCCUCAGCCACAAGUUCCGCCUCCCCAGCAAGCCGCACCCCCACAGUCUCAACAAGCCCAGACCCUGGUCGUCCAGCCCAUGCUCCAGUCCCAGGCCCUGACACUCCCACCUGACUCCGCUCCUAAGCCACCCAUGCCCAUCCAGUCCAAACUGCCCCUGGCAUCCAUUAAGCCUCCUCAGUUAGGGGCUACCAAGAUGUCUGCUACCCAACAACCUCCCCCACAUAUUCCAGUUCAAGUUGUGGGAAGUCGGCAGCCAGGUUCAGCCCAGGCACAGGCUUUGGGAUUGGCACAGCUGGCAGCUGCUGGACCAGCUUCUCGGGGAAUGCCAGGCACAAUGCAAGGAAUGGGCCAGACCCAUGUAACUUCACCACCCUCCCAGGCUACUAGCACCCUGCAAGAGGUCCCUCCACCCCUGGCCUCUGGGGUCAGCUUGACCCCUCUGCAGGGAACAGCACAUGUGGUAAAGGGUGGAGCCUCUGCCUCACCCGUUGUGGCCCAGGUGCCUGCUGCCUUCUAUAUGCAGUCUGUCCAGCUGUCGGGCAAACCCCAGACUCUGGCUGUUAAGCGAAAGGCUGAAUCUGAAGAAGAUAGAGAGGAAUCCUCUGUUGUAAACACUAUGCUUUCUGCCAAGUCAUCACCAAUCAUAGAGAGUCCCAAAAUCAUGGAAGAAAAGGGCAGCCUUGCAGAGAAAGCUGAGCCAGUGGUCAACAUGGUCCCUAACACUCCGAGCAGUGAGCUGGCGGUUUCAGCCCCCACCCCAUCGGUGCCACCUCCCACACUGGCCAUGAUGUCUCGACAGAUGGGUGACUUGAAGCCCCCACAGGCCAUUGUGAAACCUCAAAUCCUUACUCACAUCAUUGAAGGCUUUGUCAUCCAGGAAGGGGCAGAACCUUUUCCGGUGAACUGUUCUCAGCUCUUGAAGGAGUCUGAGAAGCCAUUACAGACGGGAGCUCCUAUAGGGCUGAAUGAAAGCCAACCAGGUGGCCCCCUGGGAGGGGACAGUAUAACUUCAGAGCUGGAUAAGAAAACAAAUCUUCUGAAGUGUGAGUACUGUGGAAAAUAUGCUCCGGAGGAGCAGUUUCGUGGCUCCAAGAGAUUCUGCUCCAUGACAUGUGCUAAGAGGUACAAUGUGAGCUGUAGCCACCAGUUUCGACUAAAGCGGAAGAAGAUGAAGGAGUUCCAGGAGGCUAACUAUGCUCGAGUACGCCGGCGUGGGCCUCGACGGAGUUCUUCUGAUAUUGCCCGAGCCAAGAUCCAGGGCAAGCGACAUCGGGGUCAAGAGGAUUCUAGCCGGGGCUCAGAUAACUCUAGUUAUGAUGAAGCACUAUCUCCCACAUCCCCUGGGCCUUUAUCAGUGAGGGCUGGUCAUGGAGAACGAGACCUGGGAAAUCCUAACACAGACACCCUAACACCAGAGCUGCAUGGUAUCAACCCUGUCUUCCUAUCCAGCAACCCCAGCCGCUGGAGUGUGGAAGAAGUCUACGAGUUCAUCGCCUCUCUACAAGGAUGCCAAGAGAUUGCAGAAGAGUUUCGCUCCCAGGAGAUUGACGGACAGGCCUUGUUGCUACUCAAAGAAGAACACCUCAUGAGUGCCAUGAACAUCAAGUUGGGUCCAGCCCUCAAGAUCUGCGCCAAGAUCAAUGUCCUUAAGGAGACCUAACAAAAGUCCUCCCACAGACUAGUUCUAAGUGAGCUUUCUCUUGCUGCCCAUGCUGCAACCUGCUGAGUACCAGCAGAGAUCCGGGCAGGGGAAGAGGGAGCCGCCUCACCAGUGGAGAACACAGGGGUGAAAAGAUGAGUUUUCAUCCACCCUCUGGUGAACUUUGCUGUCACCACAUGACAGCAACUUUAACACUUCAUCCCAGUUCUAGUUUAUUUUUGAAAAAUGGCUUCUCCCUCACCAUUCCACCCUUCCCUGAACCCCAAAUCUUUGAGACCACCUAAAGGGCAGGGGCUAUUCUGCUCAGUCCUGGAUGGCAAGCCUAGUCAGGAGUUAACUUCUGGAGGUCCUACGGUAAGGCUAGGGCCUGACAAUGCAUGGUAGGGGCUGCUUCCCUCCAUUGGGGCAGUAAGGGUAGGAUUUCUAGUCUCUGGUACUUCUCUCUCCAGACUGUAUGUACCAUUGUAGGUCUGGCCCAGAGUCCCGUGGCAGGGCUGUUCAACCCUCUUGAGAGUGGAUUCCUAAGCUUCGAGUUGCUACAGGGGCCCACGGCAUGAUGUUUGUGGCUGGCACGUGUGUGGCUUUUCUUAUUCUUUUUUCUCCCCCAUUCAUCUGUUGGAUUUCUUCUAUUCUGCCCCAACCUUUUCUUUCUUUCUACCUCUUCUCUUUCCCCUAGCUUUACAAGGCAGGAGUAUGAGUUACGUGGGGCCAGGAAUAUAAAUACCUGCCUCAGACCCUGUUUCUUGUGCAACAACAACAACAACAAAAUCAAAAUAUUUUUUUUUCUUCCUUAGUAAAAGGAUGAAAACUGGU